AUGCCGUUACUAAAAACCAUAUCCAAGCACCUCGCUCUCCUCUUCGUCCCAUUAAUCUACCUCGCACUCUCAGACAUCGCAUUCUACCACUCCCUCCAAUCGCUGACUCAAAAAAGACGACUUUACUUCCUACCGCCUUUUCUCUUGUUUUCUGCACUCUCGUUCUCGGCGUCAAAAUACUUCUGGUUCCUCCCUGGCGUGACAUCUCUCUGGUGUCUCGCCGUCACGCUCAAGGUUCUACAUACCAUCUCCGUACUGCAUAUUGAGAAAUGGCCGACUCCCCAGACUCCGCCAGGAUUGACGCAAAAGGAGAACUUUGUCUUCAAUUUCAGAGCUGCGUAUCGGAUUUGGGGGAACCCGCAAUUGCUCAACACGACACCAGGACCUGAAAACGAGAAGAAAUCUCAGCAAAGUCUAUCAGUAUUCCUAUUCCUACGCCUCAUCAAACUACCAAUAUACUACUACAUCCACGUCCGCAUCAUCCCCGCCGCCUUCGCCGAAACCCUCGUAGAAUUCAUCCCCCAAGACCUCUCGCCCGAAGAGCAAAUACUCUUUCGUCGGCUCUUCUACGUCUGGUCUGAAGUCACGGCGCGUGAGCUCGUGAUUAGGAGUUACAUGGCCGUUUAUUGGAUCUGGGAAAGUCUCGUAUAUCUCGACGGCGCGAACUCAAUUCUAGCUUGUUUCUUCGUGUUAAUUGGGCUUGAUGAGCCGAGGGAUUGGCCGUCGUUGUUUGGGAAUCCGGCGGAUGUUACGGGGUUGAGGACGUUUUGGUCCAGGUUUUGGCAUAGAGUUGCUGUGAGGCCGUAUAUGAACUACGGAAAGGUUGCGGCUUCGAGUUUGGGGUUGGGUGCAGCAGAGUCUAAAUUAGUGGUUGCUUUCGUUGUGUUUGCACUUUCCGGAGUCUCUCAUUCGGCCGUUAGUUGGCAGCUUGGUCAGAAGGAGUGGUGGUUGGAUAUUUGGUGGUUCUUGAUGAACUUUCUGGGGUGUACUGGAGAGCUUGUGUUUUUAAUGGGUGUUAGGAGUCUUGCUAAGAGAUUGGGAUGGUCACAGGAGUUGAAAAUGAUUGAAGAGAGUUGGUUCGGGAGGCUCUUUGGGUAUGCUUGGGUGUUUGGAUUCUUCUUUUGGAGUGUUCCAAAGUGGAAAUAUCCCGCGAUGUAUCAAACAGCUGUGGUGACGGCAAGGUGGAAUGAGAUUUGGUCGAAGAUGAGAAUCGUUACUUUUGCGCCUGGCUGGGACGGAUGUAUGAUGGGGGUGGGGAUGAUCGUGUGGGAUAGGGGCAAGGGAGAAAUGAUCGUGGUGGUGCGGAUGCGGAAACCUUGGAACGAAAUGACUACGACAUAG